AUGGCCUCGAGAACCAUCAUCAUCGACCACGGGUCUGGCUUUGUGAAGGCUGGCUUGUCCGGCUGGAACGAGCCCCAGAUGGUCUUCCCGAGCAUCGUGAACUACAGCCCGUGCCGGGAGAACCCCGGGCCCAGCUACGCCCGGCGGCGCCUGGGUCUCGGCAUUGACCUUUUCCGUCCCGACACCUUUAGCUACCCUGUCCAGCGUGGCCGCGUCUUCAACUGGGAGGGAGUGGAGUACAUCUGGUCCAUUGUCCUGGAGAAAUACAGGCGGGAGGACAAGGAGGCCCCUGUGUUGAUGACAGAAUGUCCCCUGAAGGAGCCUGCAGACCGACAAAAGACCCUGGAGAUUAUGUUUGAGUUACUGAACGUCCCGUCCUUACUACUGGCUGACCAGAUGGAGAUGUCGCUGUAUGCCUCUGGCCUCUUGACUGGCGUGGUGGUUGAUUCUGGCUACGGCCUGACCCGCGUCCAGCCCUUCCACCUGGGCCACCCGAUACAGUCCAGCAGCAAGACGCUGGAAUUUGGGGGCCAGGAUCUCUCCGACUAUCUCUUCAAGAGCCUCUUUAAGGAAGAUUGCAACAAACACAACCUGUUUCAGCUGGAAACGGUUACCACCACUCAGGUACACAAGUGCUACGUGCCGCAGAAUCUGGGGGAAGCGCUGGACUUUCGUCAGAGCCUGCCGAGUGGCUCGGAUGAGAGUAACACCUAUCAUCUCCCGGAUGGCACCCCCGUGGAACUGACCCCCAUGCAGCGGCUGGCCCCCGAGAUGUUCUUUAGUCCCCAGAUGUUCGAUGUGCAAGGGCCCAGCAUCUCCCAGGCUGUCGUGGAUUCCAUCAAGACCUGCGAAGCCUCCUUGCACCCCCUGCUUGUCUCUCACGUGAUGGCCUGUGGGGGGAACACCAUCUACCCGGGCUUCACCAAGCGCCUGUACAAGGAGUUGACCACAGAUCAUUUCUCCUGUUCCAAGGCCACCAUGUGGGUGGGUUCCCACAGAAACCACAGCGUCUGGCUGGGAGCAUCUGUUGUGGCCCAUCUGUCUACUUACAAGUCUGAGUGGAUGACCAAAGAGGAGUAUGUGGAGGGUAUGAGGCUGUGAAUUGUUGGC